GGCAGAUCUUAGCGUCUGUACCAAGUCACGUUCAUCCUCAGCAUCCAACUCAUCGCUCCCCUUGGCAAGACCUUCAUCAGCAUUGCCUCGUUGCUCCACCUCGACUGCAUCAUCCAGCUUAGCAAAGCGAGCUGCCUACUCACUCACUCACCCACGCGCACGGCACGCCAUUAGCUUCCGCUCACCAUCACAACACCCGCGGCGAGGCCAGCCCUGAGCUCGCCUCGCACACACUUCAGCGCUUUCCUCCUCGCCGCCGUCUACCUUUGCCUUCCGUCAUGGUGGACAUCUACGCUGAGGGUCAUCCAGGAGCAUCGUCAAAGCGCACUCUGCCUCGCCAGCCCCGUCGUAAGCGGGCCCUCUCAUCCAGCGACUCCAGCCUGCCUCAUCUGCGACGUCAGAUCCCAGCAUCGCAGAUCACCUCGACUUCGCUCCCCGCAUCGCAGAACUCCAUUGCCCUCUCCUAUGGCUUCCUGAAUGAGCAGCUGGCAUACAACGUACCCAUCACCCUACCCAACGACCUGAUCGCCAACCUCGUCCUAGACACUGGCGCAGGUGACAUCUGGCUCGCGGCUCCAGGAUGUGAUGGGGACUGCCCAUCGCAGUCCUUCGACGUCGGAUCGUCUUCUUCGCUGAAUCAGAAGUGGAACGUGACAUACUUUGACGGAAGCGCUAGCGGGACCAUCUACACGCUUUCCUCGCUCGCAAUUGGGCAGAGCUCGCUGGCUGGUCAGGCCUUUGGGAGCGCAAGUCAAGUAGACACCAUCAACUUUGACAAGACGAAUGUGACGGGAGUGCUGGGGCUGUCACUGCCAUCCAGUUCGGCAAUAGAGAAUGUACUCAGUCCGUCAAGUGGCACCAGCAAUACUUUCACCACAGUCGGUAGCACAGGCAGCGUCCUCUCAGGGCUGUGGGACGCUUCGAGUGGAUCGAGCUCCACGCCACGCAUCAUCUCCUUGGGACUGGAAAGGCUUCCCUCCGACGGCGGGGGUCGUACUGCCAACUCGUCCCUGACCAUCGGUGGUGUAGAUUCCACCUACCUCCCAGAGUCAGAGUACUCCUCCAUCACCUUUCAGCCCGUAGCAGCCACCUCGAGCACCGGCUACGAACACUGGACCUUGUCCCUCACUGGUCUCAGCGUGACAAACGCUACCGGAACAGCGUCUUCUAUCCCCAUUUCAUUUGCGGGGCAGAAGACUGUGGAACCAACCGUCGUAUUGGAUUCGGGGAGCUCGUUGAAUUAUGCGCCGGCUUCGAUGCUGGAUGCAUUGUAUGGAGCCUUUGUGGACGCUAGCGGGAACAGGAUUGGUCCUGGUGAAAAUGGAAUAUUCUACGUCCCUUGUGACCUACCAUUGAACAUGACUCUCUCCCUCUCGGCGGGCAUUUCUGUUCCCAUUCACCCACUCGACGCCUCCUUCUACCAAUCCUACUCCGAUAUUGGCAUUGGCAAGGACUCCGACGGCUGUAUCGGCUCCUUCCAAUCUGCCCUCUCCUCCGAGUCCUCCGCAGGAGCCGACAUCAUCCUCGGCACCCCUUUUCUACGCAACGUCUACACGGUCUUUUCCUGCGAACCCGCACUCUCAACGAACACCACAGCAGCAGAGGGUACCGAGUGUGCAAACCCCACGGUAGGUCUUCGUCCGAUGACGACGGAUCUCACGCAAGCAUACUUGGACUUUGACGCUGUGCGUGUGCGCAACGAGCAGCUGGGGGACAAUGCCGCCUUUGGCGUAUCGUACAGCGGCUCUUCCUCUUCGAGCAGCUCAGGUGGGCUGAACACGGGAGCGAGAAUCGCAAUUGGAAUCGUCGUCUCUGUCGUAGUCAUCAUCGGACUCUUUCUCCUGACCCUCUUCAUCGCACGAAGGAGACAUGCCCGGGAAGGAGCCCGAGAGGAUGGUGUAGGCAGUGGCGACGGCGUCUGGCCGGCAGAAAAGGGCCGUGAAGGCGUUGCAACUCGGUCGAGUCCUGGUGGAGGUGAGGGGGACGGCGACUCCUCUUCCCUCGGGGCAGACACGGGUGCAGAAGGUGCAGGAAGUCGAGACUACGACGACUACGAGGGUCGCCGUGUGUCUCUCUCGGCAAAAGAGCAAGCUCAGCUCCGAGAAGCUGCCCUCCUGCAUGGCUUCUACGACGCAGACCUCUUCUCCGAGUCGCCAUCGCAGCCAGGUCGAUCACCUUCUGCACGUCGUCCUGCCCGUUUCAAUCGAGGCGUGGCAGGUCCAGACGGUGGUGCAGAUGCGGGUGGGGCAGCCACUCCUUCUGGAUUUGGAACGGAGAGUACCGAUUCGAGAGGAUAUGGUGAGGCGAGGCGUAUCCAGCGAGAGUACCUCAGACGUCACCCUUCCCUUGAGAGAGACAGACAGGCUGCUCAGCCUAGGCAGGGGCCUCCUGGUAGUAAUGGUGGGGGAGUGGAGAUCGAGAUGGAAGAGAGGGGAAGUAGUGCUGCGCAUCAUGGCGAGGGAGUUGCCAGGUGAGGUGAGGUGAGGUGAGGUGAGGCUGGGCUGAGCUAGCCGCCUGCUUCUAUCACUGCCCCCUCUUUGGCUCGCUUGUGCUUCUGCUCUUGCCCUGCUCUGCCCUCUCUCUUUUGCUCCUCGCCUCUGGCUCCCCCCUCCCUUCUCUCCGAUACGAUAAUUGCUCCCCUCCCCCCUUCCCCUUUAGCCCCUUCCACCCCUCGCUCUGACCUCCCUUUUCGUCUCUUGUUGUAUGUACUGUACAUGUAUUCCCAAUAUCACCCACUUUGUCCAGCUACUGUCUUGAGCCGCGUUGUGGCUAGUAAAUAUCGUACCAAACCAU